AUGACCGUGACCGUCUUCCGACAAUUUCUCCGAGAGGCCCUCUUCAAGCUUGGCAAACGCGUCGAGAUCUGGGCCAGCUCUGGCGGCCGUAUGAAUUGGAAGAUCGCCAAGCAGGCCUCCCCCGGAAACCUCCAGGACGUCGAGGAUGAAUUAGGCCAGUUUGACAAUGCCCCCAUGAUUCUAGCCGUCAAGAUCUCGGCCAAGGCAAACGAGGGCCGCACUGUCGGUGUCUGUUUCGCCGAUGCCACCGUACGUGAGCUCGGUGUCAGUGAGUUCCUGGACAACGAUCUGUACUCCAACUUCGAGGCCCUGUUGAUCCAGCUCGGCGUACGCGAAUGCAUCGUCCAGACCGAAAGGCUCGACCAAGAUGGCAGCGUCAAAGACCCUGAACUCUCCAAGCUCAAGCAGAUCAUCGACAACUGCGGCGUCGCCGUCGCUGAGAGAGCCCUCUCCGACUUCGCUAUCAAGGAUAUUGAGCAGGAUCUUGCCCGGCUGCUCAAGGAUGAGCGAGCAACCCUUGUGCUGCCUCAGUCCGAUCUGAAGCUGGCGCUGGGCUCCGCUGCCGCGCUCAUCAAGUACCUCGGCGUUCUGCAAGACCCGUCCAACUUCGGCCAGUACCAGUUAUACCAGCACGAUCUGUCACAGUUCAUGAAGCUGGACGCUGCCGCCGUCAAGGCUUUGAACCUGAUGCCAGGUGCCCGCGACGGUUCCAAGACCAUGAGCCUGUUCGGCCUGCUCAACCACUGCAAGACCCCACUAGGCGGCCGACUGCUGUCGCAAUGGCUCAAGCAGCCGCUGAUGAACAAGGCCGACAUUGAGCAGCGCCAGCAGCUGGUGGAAGCCUUUGUCAACGACACCGAGCUGCGUCAGACCAUGCAGGAAGACCACUUGCGCUCCGUGCCAGAUCUGUACCGUCUGGCCAAGCGCUUCCAGCGCAACAAAGCCAAUCUAGAGGAUGUUGUGCGUGCAUACCAGGUGGUCAUCCGUCUGCCGGGCUUCCUCGGCACGCUUGAGGGCGUCAUGGACGAGGCGUACCGCGUGCCGCUGGACGCUGCCUACACUACAAAGCUUCGCACGCUGUCGGACAGCCUGGCCAAGCUGCAGGAAAUGGUCGAGACGACUGUGGAUCUGGACGCGCUAGACAAUCACGAGUUCAUCAUCAAGCCCGAGUUUGACGACAGCCUGCGCAUCAUCCGGAGGAAGCUUGACCGGCUUCGUCUGGACAUGGACCGCGAGUUUGCCGAAGCCGCACGGGACCUGCACCAGGAGCGUGACAAGAAGAUCUUCCUGGAGAACCACAAGGUGCACGGCUGGUGCAUGCGACUGACUCGCACCGAAGCCGGCUGCAUCCGCAACCAGUCGCAAUACCAGGAGUGCUCGACGCAGAAGAACGGCGUGUACUUCACGACGAAGGCGCUGCAGGCACUUCGUCGCGAGUUCGACCAGCUGUCCAGCAACUACAACCGCACGCAGAGCAGCCUGGUGAGCGAGGUGGUCGGCGUGGCCGCGUCGUACUCCCCUGUGCUUGAGCGGCUGGCCGGCGUGCUGGGCCACCUGGACGUGAUCGUGUCGCUGGCACACUGCUCCGUGCAUGCUCCUAUUGCCUACGUCCGGCCUCGGAUCCAUGCGCGUGGCGAGGGUCGAACGGUGCUGCGCGAGGCCCGCCACCCCUGCCUGGAGAUGCAGGACGACGUGCAGUUCAUCACCAACGACGUCGUUUUGGACCGGGAGUCGUCGGCCUUCCUCAUUAUCACGGGUCCGAACAUGGGCGGCAAGUCGACAUACAUUCGCCAGAUCGGCGUCAUUGCACUGAUGGCACAGAUCGGCUGCUUUGUACCGUGCGCAGAGGCCGAGCUGACGCUAUUCGACUCCAUCCUGGCGCGUGUAGGUGCCAGCGACUCGCAGCUGAAGGGCGUGUCGACCUUUAUGGCCGAGAUGCUCGAGACGGCAAACAUCCUCAAGUCGGCCACGGCCGAGUCGCUCAUCAUCAUUGACGAGCUAGGCCGCGGCACCUCCACCUACGACGGCUUCGGCCUCGCCUGGGCCAUCUCUGAACACAUUGUGCGCGAGAUCGGCUGCUUCGCCCUGUUCGCCACCCACUUCCACGAGCUGACCGCCCUGGCCGACCGUUACCCACAGGUGACCAACAUGCACGUCACCGCGCACAUUAGCGGCACGGGCAGCAGCGAGGACACGGCCAAGAAGGACGAGAAGCGCGAGGUCACGCUGCUCUACAAGGUCGAGCCGGGCAUCUGCGACCAGAGCUUCGGCAUCCACGUGGCCGAGCUAGUUCGGUUCCCAGACAAGGUGGUGCGUAUGGCCAAGCGCAAGGCCGACGAGCUAGAGGACUUCUCGACCAAGCACGACGAGGCGUCGCUGUUGGGGACGCAAUACAGCAAGGAGGACGUGGAGCAAGGCAGCGCGCUGCUGAAGAAUGUGUUGGUGCAGUGGAAGGAGCAGGUGCAGGACAGCGGCAACGGCGCGUCGAAGCUGAGCACAGAGGACAUGGUCGCCAAGCUCAAGGAGCUAGUAGCGGGCGACGAGAAGCUGCGGGAGAAUCCGUUCUUCCAGUCGAUCAAGGCGCUGUGA